AUGACGGAUCACAACGGCAACGACGGCUGGCAGGGUCCGCAGCUUGACUUCGUCCCCAUCAACCAAGCAGACUCACCUCCUGAAUCUAAAAGACGCCGCGCGUACUUAUCUUGCGAGCGUUGCCGCAGGCGCAAGACCCGCUGCGAGCCGACAUCAGACCGGAGGCAGCCGUGUAAGCGAUGCUCAACAGACAAUCAGCCUUGUGAGUUCAGAGCGUCGCGACGCACCAAGAGAAAGCUGUCGCUUCCAGCUGAGACCCCUGAGCCAGUGUCGCGUCACAAUCAUACGGAGACCGAUCUCGAAAUUCCAACUUCAACACCACUUGCGCCUCGAGAUGUUCCAGUUCGUCCUCCCAAUAAGGAAGGACAUGUGGAUGACGGACUCGUCGCCGACUGCUCCCAGAGUCCAAGGACCCCAACUGCAUUAGACGCAAGGGAAAGACUUAUUUCUACACAUAUACACAAUGCAUCAGAUGCCCUAGACCUUCUGACAUUCGCCGCGAGCGGUAAUCACGCCUACAAUAGCCCGUCUGCCACGCCUGGCCUCCAAAGCCAAGCUUCAUCUAUUGCCCCUCCGACUGUUAUCUCAGAUCCAUCCCUCAAUCUAGAUAGAGCAUGGAAAAGCUUUUCACUCAUCAGAAAAGGGAUUGUAUCGAAGCAGGAAGUGAUGGACUACCUAGGUUUCUUCUUCGAUCAAUUAUGGCCGCUGAAGCCAGUCGUACCGUCUUACUACCGCGAUAUGAGCACUUAUGGACAACUUGUUGCUGAGGAGCCUCUUUUGGUAGUCUGUCUCGUCACGCUCUCCUCGAGGUACUUUCCACUGCCUGGAGAUCAUGGCGAAAUCAGGUCCGAGCGAAUACACUGGCAAACGUGGAGGAUCCUCCAGCGAUCCCUGCAGUCCGUCAUGUGGGGGUCUACCACGACGCGCUCUCUUGGAGCGAUAGCGGCGAUGCUGCUUCUGAUAGAUUGGCAUGUGAAGGCUAUUAACAACCCGACUGACUUUACAGAAGGAGAAGAUGAAGCUCAUGGCUAUGCCAAUGGUGAUGGCUUCAAGCUUUCGCCCAAUAACACAGACUCACUCACUGGACAGCGACGGUAUGGGAUGGUAUCAUUAAUGGAAAAGCUGAAUAUUGUAUCUCCAGCAUAUCGGAGCAAUAAGAUGUCAUGGAGUCUUCUUUCCAACGCUAUUGCUUUAGCCCACGAGGGCUGCUGCUUCCAGCACGAAUCGCUUGGUUCCAGAGUCGCUUCCUCCAAUCUGGACUCUAUUAAAAAAGAAUGGAAUGGUCUCCUCUGUGUGUUCAUAUACCUCGCAGACGAAGGCCUUGCGACUCGACUAGGUCUAGAGCCACUAUUGCCAGAGAAGUCGAGACAAGUAGUCAAAGACCGCUUCGCAACGACAUUCGCCGAGUCUCUACUGGACAGUCAUCUCUGGGAAGGCUAUUUCGAACUCUCUAUAGAGACUCGAAAGGGAAGAGAAUUUUUGCACUCAUUGAAAGCCCGCGGUGGAUCAUUUUCCGACCUAGACCUCGUCCCUCAUUUGGAACGCCUGCGAAGAGCCCUGCAGCGUUGGAGACGGCAGUAUUACCAUCAAGAUGAUUUCAAUUCGUUAUUAAAUGCAUGUCUUCUGAUGGAGUUUUACUAUAUAAGCUUAUUUUGCUUUGCUCCAGCAGCACAGGCCAUACAAGUUGGAUCCAGAGCCCUGCCGCAAGAAAGGCUUCAAGCCUUGUCUGAGUUUGAGGAUCAGGCAACACAGGCCGGCCACGCACUUUUAUCUAUAGUUGUGGAUUUCCUGAAGCCUUCGGGGCUGAUCAAAUAUCUACCAGUUCGAUGUUGGCUCUUCAUCGUUGCUGCGAGUCUUCAUCUGCUCAAGGCAACCCUUGCACAAACCAAGAACAUAAACCGGGCACAUCCAAAUAUCUAUCUUCUACUUCGCGUUAUCAAUGCAGUCCACAGUGGCUCCCCUGAUGAUUCGCAUAUGGCAAUCCGAUAUGCCAAGUUCCUGGGCAUUAUGCUACAGAUAGCUCUACCAGCCGCGUCGGGCAGCCCUGAUAGAGCAUCAGGAGAAGAAACAAGGGAAGACAGUGAUGGUGCUGAACUUCAGCUGAAAGGCGGCUUCGAGGAUGCUGCCUAUGCUUGCACAUUUAACAAUAUGGCAGUUGAGGGAGUUGAUGACUGGAAUGCUUUUCUUGACUUGGACUUGGCUCCAGAUCUUUUCAUGUGGUGGGAGUCUAUGUAUAGUUGA